AUGGACGCGGCUGCAGAGGAUGCCGAUGUUAAGCUUUAUAAAGCUUCCGCUGAGCUUCUAGGAGAAUUUCGAGCUAAACUUCCACUGCUCUUAAAAUCAUUGAAAGGCAACACACGACGACUAGUGCUACAUCAUAAGACGAACGAACUAUUACGCCUUGAAUGGCCCCAACUAUUAGACCCAGUUUUGGGAGGCAUAGUGCAUUCACUUGCUGAGUCUUUCCUUGCCUGCACACGCAAACCGGACGUCUACUAUCAAAACGUCACUAGUGAAUCUGACAAGACAGAACCGGUGCCUCGGGCGAUUUGUCGAAUCCUAUACACCCUUUGCAAAGUUCGUGGUUACAAGGUCAUCGUUCGUCUGCUAAACAAUGAACCCAAAUAUAUCGAACCAUUGCUUGAGUGCUUCAGUGCAUGGGAUCAGCCUCAAAACAACCUCAAUGCUGGAAUGUCGUGGGAGGAGCGAUACAUUCUCUUCCUUUGGCUCUCCCAUCUAAUGCUGGCUCCCUUCGAGCUGUCCACAAUAUCUGGCUCCCGGACAAGUGAUAUAAGCAUCCCAACCCGUUUUCAGGAUUUAAAACUGCCUCAUGUAGGACUAGCCUUGCUAAACAUAGCUCUAAGAUAUCUGUGUGUUCCAGGUAAAGACCGCGAAGCUGCUAGCUUGCUGAUCGUUCGGCUCGCUUUGAGAAAGGAUAUGCAAAAACUGAGUCUACCCGAUGCUGCUGUACAGUGGUGUACCAACGGGUUAUUUCUCGAGGAUGGAGCGGCUCCGAUUGAGCAAUAUCGGUGUGUCGGCCUGCUGACUUUACUUUAUGGUCUCAUAAAUUCGGCAUCUAGCAGUGAAGCUUUGCCCUUCCUCGAACAGAGUUUCAACACUUGUAAGUGGUUUGCUAAUGGGUCUAGCUCAUCGGCGCUUUCUGUGAGGCAAUCGGCUCCUUCGAGAAAACUAAUCGUCAAGAUGCUACGUGCCUCCAUAUUGCAUGCAGUUGUGCUAAGCGACAGUGGACAACCUACUGCAUCACAGCUCCUUGACGGAAAUCUCGAAGACACUAUCCAAAUCCUAUUGGAGUGGUUGGCAGACACCGACACCCCCGUUAGACAAGUGGCAAGUAAAUCUUUAAGCUUGAUCGUACUGAAGUUGGAAAACACUUUGGCCAGCGAUAUCAUUGAAGCUAUCUUAGAUUGUUUGAACGAAAACAUGCUGCUGGAAGACCUUCGCACAGGGUCGCUUGCUGCUGCGACUGAUAUGUUUGACGUUGAUCCAACACUCUUCAAGAAAAACGUCAAUGCGGUGAACCCGCUGAAAUGGCAUGGAGCCAUGUUGACCUUGGGUCACUUGCUCUUCCGGCGUUCACCACCCGUAGAGCAAUUGACCAGUAUCCUCGAGGCAUUGCUGAUGGGGCUCACCUUCGAGCAACGGUCCAGUGUUGGUACAUCGCUUGGAGUAGGGGUACGCGAUGCCGCAUGCUUCGGUAUCUGGUCAUUGGCCAGGAAAUACUCAACACGAGAGAUGGCCACAACAAUUUUGUCCACCAGUUUCCUUGCAUCGCGACCAUAUGGCAAGGCGAACAGAAUAUCUACCCUGCAGAUCGUCGCCGUUGAGUUGGUUCUUGCCUCGUGUCUAGAUCCUUCAGGCAACAUUCGUCGCGGUGCUUCUGCCGCGCUCCAAGAGCUUAUUGGACGUCAUCCUGACACUAUCAAAGCAGGUAUUCCGGUGGUACAAGAAGUUGACUACCACUCUGUUGCAAGGCGAGCAAGAGCAAUCUCGGCAGUUGCUCAACGUGUUGCGUGCUUGGAUGAAACCUAUCAUAUAAGCUUGUUGUAUGCAUUGCUGGAUUGGAGGGGUUGCCGCGCUGUUGAUGCUGAUUCACGUCGUCAGGCUGCAGGCACUAUCGGUAGUCUUUUUUUGACAGCCAAAACUGAACACAAAACGAAGUUUGCAGAACAGCUCACCUCACAAAUAGCAGAUCUAAAACCUAGCAACUUGGGAGUCAAUGCUGCAGCUCGACAUGGGCUGUUGCUGACCUUGUCGAGUCUCUUCGAGAUCUGGAAACCAGGUGAAGAUAUCGCAACUGAGGUACAACAAAUCCUUCGGAGGACUCUCGAUUCGCUUGAGCACAUAACAGGGAGUCUGACUGGUAGAACAACUGCUGAUCUUGUCCACAUAUUCGAAGCCACAGCACGUGUAAUAGCAGCUUGGGCAAGGAGCGGUCUGGCAGACCGAGCCUUACUACAACCAGUGCAAUCUUCACCAGUCUUUGCAAUACUAGAUCGGUGCACAAUCGCUUCAGAAGAUGACUCAGUGGCUGCAGCUGCAGCUGAUGCCAAUCAGGCGGUAUUCUCCUUGGUUUCAUUGGACACAAAAGGUCGCCUCCUAGAUCUUUGGCUACCGUCAGGGAUCCAAGGACAAAAGAGUGUAUUCACUAGCCAUGGACGUAUUGCUACCAUGGGGAAGAUAUUCCCAUUGAUUGUAGUUGACUCCAAGCUCUCCCACCAUUCGUUUUCCAUCACUAAAUUCUUGAACGGAAUUGUGGUCUCCGAGCUUCAAAUUGAAACAAGGGUGAAUGCGAUGCAAGCAAUAGCAACCAUACAGCGGUCGAAUAUUGGCAUUGAAGCGAGAUGCAUGCACACUUUGAAUAGUGCGAUCUUCCAUGGCCUGUCCGAUUACACCAAUGAUCAGCGAGGUGAUAUUGGGUCACUAUUGAGGCUGUCCAGCAUCGAGGCUGUGCAGAGCAUCAACUCCGUCCAUCUGAAGAGUGACAGCAUGAGACGCUUUAUCAGAGUGAUUGCCCGUCUUGCAGCUGAAAGGCUGGCUAAAGUACGAUUUGCAGCCUGGAAUUGCUUGCAAGUAAUUUGGACAGAUGCUGAUCUAGAUUUCGCUAGUAAAAGAUUUGCGCACCAGGCAGAUGUCUCAUCGUUCGCAUACUUCUCUGAGAUCGCGAAACUCUUUAGUGUUCGAUGGCUUCACGACGAUUUGCUCACAGGCUUCGUGUCAUCGAUCGGCACUGCUGACGAUGUGAGUCAGAACGCAAGCAGCGCCUUAGUGUCUAAUCUAGUCAGCAUGACUGCCGAUGCCCGCCUGGAGCAUUUGCAGCAUAUCAUGGAUGUGCUCUUGUCCGAACUUACCGCAGCCAGUGGACGGGAAGACCGAGAAGUCGUGCCUUUGCUUGACACACUCUGCCUGCUUUUAGAACAAUUUCCUAUAGAAACUGAAGCCCAGGUUAUUGAUCAGAAGUCAAGGAUAAUGAGCCUUGUUAGCCGGUUGCAGACCUCGAUUGCAGACAUACCGCGUAUACAAUCUUUGAUACGUCUGGUGUCUCACCUCGCGCUUAUACAGUGCUUCAAGAACGAAGCUCUUGACAUUCUGUCACGUAAACUUCUACAUAAAUGGCCAAAGAUACGGCAAUAUGCGGCAGAUGCCAUAUAUCUGCUAGAACCGCAAGCAUUGCCCACAACCACGAACUGGAAUUCUGCACCACUAGCAAACAAAGGCGAGGUUGUACAAUUGAGAAAGAAGCUAGGGGUGGCAGGUCAAGCAGCCGCUGCUGUGAAGGCUUGA